CCAGGUGAGAUUCUGUCUCAAAAGAACAAAAAUAAAACCUGCUUUGCCUCCUCUGAGCCAAUUGGUCAUACAGUCUUGUCUGGUCCCAAGUGUCUCUGGAAGUUUUCCUCGCCCUCCACCAGGUGUCAUCCCUGUUGCAGUUCUGCCUCAGCCUUGUCCCUGCUUGGGCUUGGCUUGUAUCCCAGGUUUGCACUUGUGAUUUAUUUUUGGCAUGCCAGCCUUCUGUCACUAAGUACCAAACCCCCAAAGCAAGAUAUCUUACUCCAACCACAAGUGUCUACUCAGGAUACAGCUUUACCCUGUGGUCUCCUGUUCCUCAGGGCCUUCGGGACCUUCGGGACUUUAAUCACUCAUUCAAGGACGUAAAGAGACCUGAGCAUGACCCGGGACGAGGCCCUGCCUGACUCCCAUUCUGCACAGGGCUUCUAUGAGAAUUAUGAGCCCAAGGAGAUCCUGGGCAGGGGAGUCAGCAGUGUGGUCAGGCGCUGCAUCCACAAGCCCACACGCCAGGAAUAUGCCGUGAAGGUCAUCGACAUCACAGGCGGAGGCAACUUCAGCCCUAAGGAGGUGCAGGAGCUUCGGAAAGCCACGGUGAAGGAGGUGGACAUCCUGCAGAAAGUCUCCGGGCACCCCAACAUCAUACAGCUGAAGGACACUUAUGAGACCAACACUUUCUUCUUCUUGGUGUUUGAUCUGAUGAAGAGAGGGGAGCUCUUUGACUACCUCACUGAAAAGGUCACCUUGAGUGAGAAGGAAACCAGAAAGAUCAUGCGGGCCCUGCUGGAGGUGAUCUGCACCUUGCACAGUCUCAACAUUGUCCAUCGGGACCUGAAGCCAGAGAACAUCCUCCUGGAUGAUGACAUGAACAUCAAGCUUACGGACUUUGGUUUUUCCUGCCAGCUGCAGCCAGGAGAGAAGUUGCGAGAGGUCUGCGGGACUCCCAUUUACCUGGCCCCUGAAAUCAUUCAGUGCUCCAUGGAUGACAGCCAUCCUGGCUAUGGGAAAGAGGUGGACAUGUGGAGCACAGGGGUCAUCAUGUAUACUCUGCUGGCUGGCUCCCCACCCUUCUGGCACCGGAAGCAGAUGCUGAUGCUGAGGAUGAUCAUGGAUGGCAAAUACCAGUUUGGUUCACCAGAGUGGGAUGACUACUCAGACACUGUGAAGGACCUGGUAUCCCGCUUCCUGGUGGUGAAACCUGGGGACCGCUGCACAGCAGAAGAGGCCUUGGCACACCCCUUCUUCCAGCAGUACGUGGUGGAAGAGGUGCGGCACUUCAGCCCCCGAGGGAAGUUCAAGGUCAUCUGUCUGACCGUGCUGGCUUCAGUGAGGAUCUACUACCAGUACCGCCGGGUGAAGCCAGUGACCAGGGAGAUUGUCAUCCGAGACCCCUACGCUCUGCGGCCUCUGCGGCGGCUCAUCGACGCCUAUGCCUUCCGAAUCUACGGCCACUGGGUGAAGAAGGGGCAGCAGCAGAACAGGGCUGCUCUCUUCGAGAACACACCCAAGGCCGUGCUCCUCUCCCUGGCUGAGGAGGAGGACUACUGAGGGGCAGGCAGGGUGGGGGGGGUGGUAGGCCAGCAGGGAGGGGAAGCCACAGAAACUGAGAAGAGGCGGCCUGGAGGAGACUGUGCAGUAGUGUCUCUCCACAAGAUGAGUAGGGUGUUCCCAUGACACAGCAAGACAUGCAGUUGCAGCUGGGUGUGGAGUUGCAAGCCUGUCAUUCCAGCUAGGCAGGAGGCUGAGGUAGGAGGAUCGCAAGUUCCAGGGCAGUCUGGGCUACAGACUGCAUUCCAAACCACCUUUACAACUUAGUGACCAUACCCCAAAACAAAAAAAAACCCCAAAAACUAAGAGUGUAGGUCAGUGGUGAGUGCAAAGCCCUGAGUUCAACCCAUAGUACAUAAAUAUCAAUGCAUCCGAGGCCAGUCCAGUCCAGAACCCUGCUCCUUCUGGCUUCUCCACUAUGCACCUGAGCCACUGUGUUUCUCUUGAGGGCUCAAGGUUACUGAUAACAGAGCCCUCUUCCCUCAGGUCCCAGGGCAAGGAUAAAAGGCAGAGUAAUGCCUGCACAUGGUGAUGGAUGCAUAUAAUCCCAGCAGUUGGGAGGUAGAGGCAGGAUGAUCAGGAGUUCAAGAUUAUCCUCAGCUGUACAAGGAUAGCCUGGACUAUGUGAGACCGUGUCUUAAAAACAGGUCAGUGGAAUGCCUGAGAGCUACAGAUACAGGAUUUAUUGGCCUCAUGAGGUCCAGUGCCACCAUGGGAGCCACCUAUUCUCCAGGGAUGUUUUCAGAGGUAUAUCCCCCCACAUGAUUAACAACUAUAGAAGCUUCUGACAUUUGACCUCCUAUGGGAGUACGACUUUGUUACUCCCACAAGAGUUUCACCUGGUAAAUUUGUUCCACCAGAGUUUUAAUACUUGGCACUGUGUAAUCCCAGUACUUGGGAAGCUGAGGAUUGAGAGUUUGAGGCUAGCCUUGGCUACAUGAUGAGACCCUGUCUCAAACAACAGACUAGCGAGGCUAGGUUCUGUCAGAGGGGCUUCAGACACCACAAAG